AAACCAGUGACAGUGGCUGGGGUCACCGGUCUGCCGUGGUGUUUGGGUUUGCAUUCGGCUGCAAUGUUCUAUCGGUACGCGCCAGAGUACAUUUUGUUAUUUGGACGGAAUCUACAAUGAGUACUGUUGUUUUUUAAUCUUAUUUUACAGUCGGUUAAACGGUGUCAUAGGCAAAAAGUAAGGUGUGCACGCGUCGCGGUACACCUUUCGAUUGGGUCGACUAUAUAAAGAGAUCACGUUUGGCAAUAAACUUAUCAGUCACUAGUUGCACUCGGUGUUGUCACAUAUUCUUAGGUUAAAUUUAUUUAUUUAAAACACACAUAAAAACCGCACAAAAUGUUCAGAUUCGUUGUUCUGCUAGCUGCCGUUGCCGUGUGCCAGGCUGCCUACUCCCUGAAUCCGGCUGGACCAACAUACGCCGGAUUCCAUACACCCGCCGUCACUAGUCAGCAGUCAAACAUUCUCCGUUCCUUCGGAAAUCUUGGCCAGAUCGCGACUCACUCCAAAACCAUUGAUACCCCAUAUUCGACAUCGAGCAAAACGGAUGUUCGCAUCAGCAAUCCAGGACUAGCUGUCGGACACGUGGCUGCUGCAUAUCCAGCUGCUUACCAUGCCCCAGCCUACGCUCCUGCUGCUUAUGCUCACCCAGCUGUAUACGGAGCCCCAGCCGUUAAGGCCGUUGCUGCCCCAGGACUGUUGGGUGUUGCCUACUCUGCCGCUCCGGCUGUCGCUGCCAUGUCCUACAAUAAUGGUCUUGGUAUCAGCUAUGCUUGGUAAAUGUGGCGUUUGCAAAUCACACAAAUAACCACGCAUCAAUCAUCAGCUGCAAACUAACUUCAGUACUGGAAUAAUUUGGGAACAACUCUAAGUCAACACAGUCAACGAUCGAGCAGAGCGCACGAAGCAAACGCCUUACAAGAUCGGGAACAUGUUUGCCGGGUAAGCGCAUCGACCAUCCAACGAAUAAUACCGUCACAUUGAUUACACCACCAACAUCAGGGUAAUAGAAGUGAAUAAAUAAACGUACCAAAAUACCAACAAACAGCACAAUAA